AUGGUUAGAACACGAGGUUUAGGUUGUGCGUUAGGAGCUGGUAGAGGUAGAGGCAUUAGUGAGGAUACGCAUGAGGCUGAUGUUCCUCUGCGUCGCAGACCUACUGCUUCAGCACGUAGGCAACAGGUUCAUCUGCGUGAGGACGUGACAGAGAGACCUGAGGAUGUGCCUCAGUUGCAUGAGGAUGUUCCUCAUGUGUCUGAUGCCACCCUAGAGAUGACAGGCGCCGCCGAUGCUGUUCAAACAGAGGGAGUGGCUACUGAUGGGAGCUUGGGGUCACCUGCUGCAGAUGAGGGUUUCCCCGGUGGACCACGCGACCCAUCGAUUUUGACUGAUUUUGCUGAGCAUGAACGACCCGAUCUGAAGUUGGUCUCCCACGGUAGAAAAGUAGAUAAAAUUGGGAGACCAGCGCCUGAGAUCGAAGGGUUGAUUGUUGGCACCGGAUUGAGUGCACUGAUCAGGUGUUCUGUUAUCACCACUGAUCCUGGACUGAUAUUCGCCUUCGUCGAGAGGUGGCAUCGCGAGACUAGCACGUUCCACCUGCCAGUAGGCGAGUUGACGAUCACGUUGGAUGACGUGGCGUCACUCCUACACCUUCCCAUCACUGGCGCGCUGCAUACGUUUGAGCCGCUUGUUACUUCAGACGCCAUUUGUCUACUGAUGGAGCUUCUUGAGGUCAGUCAUGAGGAGGCUACAUUUGAGACCCGACAGGCUGGUAGGCCUCAUGUCCGGUUGGGGUGGCUUCGAGACUUGUAUCAGAGCCCGUGCAGGACUAGACGAUGGGUUGUAGCAGCCCGCCUCUACACGGCAGCUGGGCGGUUAUAUUACACUUCUCCAGCGCAUACAUCCGUCGUUCAUGAUGCUUAUGAUGAGGGAAGCCCACGGGCCUGCAGGUGGCUUACGGGUAAGGCUUAUAUUACGGGGAUCAAGGGAGCCCCGUAUCGGAGACGUUUAGAUGCCCUGAGUGUGACUGACGUGUGCUGGAUGCCCUAUGGUGAGCACCGGCGAGUCAGGGCCUUUGACUUGAUAUCGUCGUACACCGGCCAGCUCAGAUGGGGUCAGAUUGUGGUGUACGUUCGACCUGAGCGGGUUCUUCGACAGUUUGGCUACCUUCAGACGGUCCCUCUUCCACCGGUUUGUGAUUCUUUGACGGGUGAUGAUAUAGAUGACCGGUGGCUGAAUUUUCCAGACCAUUUGGUGCCUUCAGGGGAGCUCUGUGUAGUUCCUGGACAGGUGGUGGCAGACUACAUGGAGUGGUUUUUUCGGAUAUCGCACCCAUUCGUCAUGCGGACCGAGGAGACUGCUGCGCCGAGACAUCCGCCUCCCCCUCAUCAUGAGGAGUUCAUCGAGCCACCCAUCCCCGAGGUUUUAGUCACGACCGAUCUCCCUACGCAUUCAGUGGUUCACUGCGAAGGAUGUCAGGGGAUGGCUCAGGAUUUAGGAGCGAUUGUUGAGGAUUUGGAGCGGGUCAUCAACCUCAGGAUGGUCAUUGAGGGCACUGACUUACAUGACAUCAUGACUCGUAGUCUGAGGAGAGUUAGAGGUGACACCGCAGAUGGAAGUCUUAGGCCGCGCUAG